CGGAACUCGUCCCAUGCCACCUGCAGCCCAGAGUGCAUUUGGGCGCAUUUCGGGCAUCUUCACCCCUAAUGGAAGACUCGUACUCCACCACUUCAGCGCGCUAGGGCCAAGCGUCUACGUCCCCAAAAAUAUCACAGCUGCUAGCCUUCGUGUCAUUUCCAUUUCCUCAGAGCUACAUCCCAGUGCAUUGAGAAAAUAAUAAACACAUCAUGUCUCUGCAAAUUCCUCAUCGCGAAAAGACCAGUGGCUCUCAUGCCUCCACCAAAGCCGUCAUUCUGGUAAGUCCUGGCCUAAUGCUAAUGCUGGCGGGGGGAUUGGGAAAGCUAUUACCACAACCUGAGGGAAACCACUAACAGACAGGCUACAGGUUGGUGGUCCAUCACGAGGAACUCGAUUCCGGCCAUUGUCCCUGGAUCUGCCAAAGGUAUAUUGCCAAAAACUUCUCCACACGCUAUUUGGAUGCUCGCUGACAAUCGCGACAGCCCCUCUUUGAAGUUGCAGGACAUCCCAUCGUAUGGCACUGUCUCACCGCCAUCGCCAAAGUACCCCACAUUCAAGAAGUGUGUAUGAUCGGUUACUACGACGAAUCUGUGUUCCGCGACUUCAUCAAAGACUCUUCGAAAGAAUUCCCCCAAAUCAAAAUCGUAUACUUGCGCGAAUAUCAAGCUCUGGGCACAGCAGGAGGAUUAUACCAUUUCCGUGAUGCUAUUCUCAAGGGCAAGCCCGAACGAUUCUUCGUUCUUAACGCAGACGUGUGUUGUUCAUUCCCACUGAAUGACAUGUUGCAUCUGUUUGAGAGUAGAGACGCCGAAGCUGUGAUUCUUGGUACACGUGUGGGUGAAGAAGCCGCCAGUAACUUUGGGUGCAUCGUUUCCGACGCCCACACUCGCCGGGUUCUCCAUUACGUCGAGAAGCCCGAAUCUCACAUCUCCAAUCUCAUCAACUGCGGCGUCUACCUCUUCUCAACCGAAACUAUCUUUCCUUCAAUCCGAAGUGCCAUCAAAAAGCGUACCGAGCGCCCUCGUCUCAUCUCUUACCCCUCCUCCGAAAACCUUCAGUCCUCGUACUUUCAAGACGAUGAUGACGAGGAAAAGAAGAAUCAAGUACUGCGAUUGGAGCAGGAUAUUCUCAGUGAUUUGGCAGAUAGCAAGCAGUUCUUUGUCCACGAAACCAAGGAUUUCUGGAGACAGAUCAAGACUGCAGGCUCAGCCAUCCCUGCGAAUGCACUGUACCUACAAAAGGCCUGGCAAACCGGAUCAGAGGAGCUUGCGAAGCCAUCUGCCAACAUUCUGCCACCUGUAUUCAUUCACCCUACAGCUGAUGUAGACCCAACAGCCAAGCUUGGACCCAAUGUAUCAAUUGGUCCAAGAGCGGUCGUGGGUGCAGGUGUCAGAAUCAAGGAGGCAAUCGUCCUUGAAGAUGUGGAGAUCAAGCAUGAUGCUUGCGUUUUAUACUCUAUUAUUGGCUGGAACAGUAGGGUAGGUGCUUGGGCUCGUGUUGAAGGAACUCCAACACCUGUCAACAGUCACACAACCAGUAUUAUCAAGAACGGAGUCAAGGUUCAAAGCAUCACUAUUCUUGGUAAGGAAUGUGGUGUUGGUGAUGAAGUUCGAGUACAGAAUUGUGUUUGCUUACCAUUCAAGGAAUUGAAAAGGGUACGCAUCGAAAUCUUACAUAUCAUUCGUCUACUAAUUGAAAUAGGAUGUUACCAACGAGGUGAUCAUGUAAUUGAUAAAGCAUCAUCAUUAUUAAAGGUGGGGAUAUGGAAAAUACCCAUCCAGGGCUGAGUUCCACAUUUGAGGCAAGUUUCCUGUGUAUCUUAAAAAUGGAAAAGGAUAAAAUGGGUUUCCGAGAUACCGAAGUACGUAGGUAUGACAUUAUUUGUCAACUGUAUCACUUUUUUGCCAACUGUUGCUCUGUUCGGUGAUAUUUCGGGCCCCCUUGAUCGGCGUUAAGAUUACAAUUUCUUCCCCUCAGUGGGGUACUCGAGUACCCAGCAGUUGUGCCCAUCUUUUGGUUUACCAAUCGGGCUGGGGCUAGGAUCAAGAAAUAUCGGUAUUUACAAGCGAUCUAUCAAAUCAAAUGAUGGCUUUCGAUGUAAUGUCCGAAAACUCACAUUAAACUGACAGCUUUCAUGGAAUGUGCAAGUAUAUAUUUGUCAGCAUCGUUCUUCGUGACAUCAUGGUUUUCCAUGGUGUUUCCACUUUCUGUUUAUACAGCUACGUUAGAGUAUCUAGGUAAAGUAGAGGCGCCGGGGCUGAAAAUGUAGAUAAGUAUCAAUCUCAGCCUUUGUUAGUUUUUCACUUCUACCUUCUCAUACAUAAGUCGUCAAGUUCCAUAUAUCUCAUUUCCCGUUGCAAUCCAUCAACACCAUCUUCGUUAUCAAAUCAUCACAAUGCCAGGAAUUCCAAACAAACCCGCUGAAGGAGUAUGUACCCUUCUUUUUCAUUUAUAUACAUAAACAACUAACACAUCCAGGUCCCCUUCUUCACACCCGCCCAAGAACCACCAGCAGGCACAGCCUCAUCCCCCCAACCAAACAACACCCCCAUCCCCAAACUCUUCACCCCUCUCACAAUCCGCGAUGUCACCUUCCAAAACCGCAUCUUUCUCUCCCCACUCUGUCAAUACUCGGCCUCCAACGGCCAUCUCCAGCCCUGGCAUUAUGCCCAUCUAGGCGGCAUCAUUUCACGUGGUCCCGGUCUAGCGAUGGUGGAAGCCACCUCCGUGACGGCCGAAGGCCGUAUCACACCCGAGGACAGCGGGAUCUGGCUAGAUUCCCACGUCGAUGCACCCUUUGGACUGAAGAGUAUUGUGGACUUUGCGCAUUCCCAGAAUCAGAAGAUAGGCAUUCAGAUUGGGCAUGCAGGGAGGAAGGCGAGUACGGUGGCGCCGUGGUUGCAUUCUGGUACGAAAGCUACGGGGGAUGUGGGGGGGUGGGAGGAUGAUGUGUGGGCUCCUAGUGAGGUGCCGUAUAAUGAGCAUUUUCCUGUGCCCAAGGCGGUGAGUCUUGAGGGGAUUGAGGAGUUGAAAAAAGCGUGGGUGGAGGGUGUCAAGCGAGCGGUCAGGGCGGGGUUUGAUGUUAUUGAGAUUCAUAGUGCGCAUGGGUAUCUCCUGGGCGAGUUCUUGAGCCCGGUGUCGAAUAAGAGGACGGAUAAGUACGGUGGUUCGUUCGAGAAUCGGGUUAGACUUACGCUUGAGCUUGUGGAGUUGACACGCAAAGAGAUGCCUAAGGGUAUGCCGCUCUUCCUACGGAUCAGCGCAACGGACUGGUUGGAAGAUGUCCUGGGCAAAGGCGAGAGCUGGACCAACGAAGAUACCAUCCGUCUCGCACCCCUCCUUGCCGAGCGAGGCGUCGACCUCCUUGAUGUCUCGUCGGGUGGCAACUCGCCCCAGCAGAAGAUCAAGAGCGGGCCGGGGUAUCAGGCGCCCUUCUCCAAGGAGAUUAAGAAGGCUGUGGGGAAUACGUUGUUGGUUGGUACCGUGGGGAGUAUUACGAGUGGCACGCAGGCGGAGGCGUUGCUCACGGGGAAGGGAGAGGAUAGUCGGGGCGAGACGGAGUUGGAUGUUGCGGUUCUGGGGAGGAUGUUUCAGAAGAAUCCCGGGUUGGUGUGGGCUUUUGCGGAGGAGUUGGGGGUGCAGGUUUAUGUUGCGAAUCAGAUUCGGUGGGGGUUUGGGGGUCGGCCGGGGAAGAAGGAUCAGUAGGUUUCUCAGCUUCUUGGAGUUAGAGCUGGGAGUGUGUUUAGAUUUUUGGUAAUUAGAGUAAUUUUAUUAAAGUUGUUAGAAGAUA